AUGGGUUUCGCCAAAUAUCCUGGAACAUCUUUGAAUCAGGGCAUGCUCAAGGAGCUUCUGAUGGUUGGAGGGACAAUGAAACGCCAAGGUGAUGCCAUAGUAGCUAGAGGAAACUAUAUUGCAGAUGUUCCAAUUCUUAUCCGCUUUCAAGAUGCCAACAAAUUUAAACGGUUCAUUUUGACAGAAGAAGACUUAGAAAAGGUUGCAACAACGAUUCCAAAUAAUAUUGUGCCCCUGAAAGAAACAGAGCAAGGUCACCAAAUGUUCACGGAAACUCGUCUUAAACCAUAG